AUGCAAGAUUGUAAACCUCGCUCCACACCAAUUGACACCUGCUCAAAGCUCUCCUCUGACGGCCCUUCGAUGGAUGACUCGACUCAGUAUCGUAGCCUUGCCGGUGCUCUACAGUAUCUCACCUUCACAUGGCCUGAUAUCGCCUUCGCCGUUCAGCAAGUCUGUCUGUUCAUCCAUGAUCCCCAAGCACCCCAUCUUCUGGCAGUGAAGCGCAUUCUUCGGUAUCUCAUGGGCACCUUGGAUCACGGCCUUCAGCUUUGUCCCACCUCUUCGGCUGCUCUAGUUGUCUACACUGAUGCUGACUGGGCCGGCUGCCCUGACAUGCGCAAAUCCACCUCGGGCUUUGCCGUGUUCCUUGGUGACAACCUUGUCUCCUGGUCCUCCAAGCGCCAGCAUACGGUGUCCCGCUCUAGUGCCGAGGCCAAGUAUCGCGCUAUAGCACUCUGCUGGUGCUCUAUGCACAAUAUCUUGUCAAUAUGUGGUGUGCAUUUCGUCGAACAUGUUGUGAGCACUGGGCACUGGGCAGCAGAGGAUGACAGCACACACGGUCAUCUCAAUGGAAGGCCACAGCAGCAGACAGAGCGCCCUCCCGCAAUCGAGGUGAUGGCUGCUCGGUCGGUCCCUGCUGUUCCCGAGCUGACCACCGUAGCGCCGGCGGCCGUCGCUGCAGGAGCCUCGCUUGUCUCUGAGGCCGGGCCGGUGGCGAGGUAG